GUGCCCUGUUCGCCAAGGACGCCGUCGGGGGCUCUGGCGGCGACGAGGCGCUGCGGGAGCUGAUCGAGGAGCACACGAACGUGCAGAUCAUCGACGCUAAGGACGUGCCUCCGGGAGGGCUUGGGACCGGGCCUGAGGAGGCACUGUCAAACAUCGUCCCCUCCGCGAGCACCAGCGAGGAGGUGCAUUGGUACUGCGUUGACGAUGACAAGCUCCCUCCUGUCAAGCUCGUCCUGAAAUCUGACAGGGUGUUCGAGCGGAUGCUGACCCAGGGCGGGGUCGGCUUUGGCGAAUCGUACAUGGACGGUGAGUGGGAGACUGACAACUUGGAACGGAUGAUUUGGGAGAUGCUCAAGCUGACGGUCCUCGUGGAGCAGCGCUCGUUAGACCUCGGUUGGCGCGCGCUGCCCUUGCUUGGUAGCCUCACCUGGGGGGCUCUGAAAUGGAAGCUGUUCCCAAACAACUCGAAGACUGGAGCAAAGGAAAACAUAGAGAACACGUACGAUACCCUGGACAACCCGAAGCUCUACGAGAAGAUGCUCGGAGAGACGAUGCAGUACACGUGCGGCAUGACAUUGGAUGAGGCCGAGUGGGCAAAGAUCGACCUGAUCGCCACCAAGCUCGACCUGAAGCCGGGCAUGCGGGUCUGCGAGAUCGGCUUCGGCUUUGGUGUCACCGCGCACUACCUGGCGUCAAAGUACGGGGUCCACGUUUCGGGCUUCACGCUGUCCGAGGAUCAGAGGGCCUGGGCGAUGGAGCACAAGUCCCACCCAAACAUAGAGUACAAUAUCUGCGACUACCGAGACAUCGAGGGCAAGUUCGACCGCAUCUAUCCUGGGCGCCUCGCGGCACGUCUUGACUAG